AAUUACUUCCGGUCAUUUCCGUCGAAUGGCGACUACGAUGGAUUAUUCGUUUCGAAGUGUGUUGUCCUGACUUUCGCUCAGUAAUUGCAAAAUAUCUUUCAACUGUCUUAUUCGUAUAUCGGGAUUCUGUUAUUUUAUAUUCAGUGUAUGCAUGAAGAUUUGUUCGUAAUUUCCUACGUGCAGAGAACUACAUUUAGAAGUAUCAGCGUGCCUUGUGUGGGACACUUUUUCUACAAGAAUAAUGGCUGAUAUCGAAGGAAAAAAGUUAACCGAACUACGAGUUAUAGACUUAAAAACGGAGCUCGAACGUCGCGGAUUGGACAAAACUGGCAAUAAAGCAGCACUUCUCGAACGUCUCUCCAAAGCUAUAACUGAUGAAGGACAAGAUCCUGAUGAAUAUCUGAUAGUACCAUGCGGUGGAAUAUGUAAGAUUAUCCCAAGGAAAAAUAGUGUAACUGGUACAACGAAUCAAGAAGAAUCUACUGAAGUAUCAGAAAGCAUAAAAGAAGAACCAGUGGAAGUACGUGAAACUAAUGAAACAAAAAUUAAGAUAGAGACAAAGCCUAAUAUCGAAGAGGAUACAAUGAAGGUAUUGAAGACAGAGGAACCUCAAAGCGAAGUUCAAAAUGCCGUUAAGAAAGAAAUAGAAGACAAACAAGAACUUAAAAAUCAUUUAAACAAGUCGUUGACCGAAACUAUCCAGGUCGUUGAAAAGAAAGUAGAAUCUGAAGCAAGUACUGCGGUAAAUCAAAUCCCAACUAAUUCAGUUUCGACCGUCGAGGCUAAUGGUAUCGACAACGAAGAUUCCAUCAACCUAACUAUUGGGGAAGAUGAAGAAAAUCUCCUCGCUGAGGAGACAGAAUCACACGAUAGGCACAAGGAUGGAGGAGAUAAGAAGAAAGUGGAAGAGAACAAGAAGGGAGACACUAAAGGGAGCAGUAGAGGAGAAGCCGGUGCCAACAACAAGGAAGGGUCGACAUCAGGUGCAAACGUCGGGACGAAGAACAAGCAGGACGGUGGUGGAGACGGAAGCAAGAGUGCGGAGUCUGGUAACAAAAGUCAGAAGAGAGACGAUAAAGACAAAAAGGCGUCACAGGUCAGUCCUGUUAAUGCAAGCAGCAGAAAUUUAUGGGUCUCCGGAUUAUCAUCGAGUACUCGCGCUACGGAUUUGAAACAGAUAUUUUCCAAAUACGGAAAAGUAAUCGGGGCUAAAGUGGUUACAAAUGCUAGAACACCCGGGGCAAGAUGUUACGGCUACGUCACCAUGUCGACGAGCGAGGAUGCCGCGAAAUGUAUACAACAUUUGCACCGAACCGAGCUCCACGGACGCGUGAUAUCUGUAGAAAAGGCAAAGGGUGACACUCAGCAGAGUCACAUGCGUAAACGAGACACGACGAAUGGAAAAUCAGAGAAGAAGGAAGAGAAAGACAAGUCGAAGGAUAGUCACGAGGUUAACGAUCGCAAGGAUAAAGAAACGAAGAAAGAAGCGGAAGAUAAAGGAUCGGAAGCAACGAAAAAAUCGGAGGAGAAAAGUAACGAAAUUGCUGAGAGCAAGAAAUCAGAAAUCCAGGACAAGAAAGAGGAUACCAUUUCGAAGGAUGCCGAUUCUCGAUCGACCAAAUCGACCAGCAAAAAACCAGAGAGCGAGAGGGGAAGACGCGACGAGAAGAGGAUUCGAUCAUGGGAUCAUCACCGAUCGCAUACGCGAUCGCGUAGCCGUGAACGACGUAGACGCGACGAUGUACUGACAUUCGCCAAGAUCAGAGAGGAACGAGAAAGGCAGAGGCUACGCGAAAGGGAACGAAUGCUUCGCGAGGAAGAGCGACGAAGAAGAGAGGAUAUGGAACGACAGAGAGAGGUCGAACGAAGACAAAGGGAAGAAGCUGCUCGUCUGGAAAGAGAACGAGAGAAAUUACGAAGAGAAAGGGAAAGAAUCGAACAGGAGAAGGCUGAAUUGCUUCGAUUGGAACGCGAACGUCAGAAACUCGAGCGAGAAAAAUUAGAACGGGAAAGAUUGGAAUUGAAAAGGCAGCAAAUGCGAUUGGAGGAAAGCAGACGGGCUCCACCGCCGCCGUCCAUAAAACGAUCCUCCAGCGAUCGAAGGGACCCAAGGGACAUGUACGUGGAGCCGGACAGGAAGCGUAUGGCCACGGAUCAUAGCCGAAGACAUACUCCUGAACGAGUGAGCGAUCGCCGUAGCGAGAUUUUGGAUCGUGUUUCGGAUAGACGAUUAGACACAUCGCCGCCUGCUCGCUACGAAUCCAGUAGAUCUGCUCAGGAUCUUGGAUUAAAGAAGGAAUUUAAACGCAGCAGCGACUUCACUUCUCGCAGUAGUCGUCCAGAAAGCUUCUCUGAUGUAUCCCGUGGAAGAGAAGUGAUCGUACGUCGAGAUACGCUUAGUACAUCAACAUCGUCUAUAGAUCCCCGACAAGUUAAAGGAAGACAGAAACAACCUUCACCGCAACCGCGUUUUCGCAGGUACGAACGUCCAAGUACAACCACGUAUACUCGCGAACGCGAUGUUCGACGUUCCGAUACGGAAACCCAUAGAAGUUCGAGGGAUAGUCAUACACGAUAUAGCGACAGCUUCAAGCCUACAAGCUCCAGUACACCACGCGAGAGUCGUUACGUGGAAAGUAAUAGAACGACUAGUAGCUGGCAUUCCGGUCCUCCGUCUACAAAAUCGUUUAAUUCGGUUACGAGUAGCGGAACUCGAGAUCCUCGUAACGAACCAUCUAGCUGGAGUUCCAGGUCCUCCGAAAACGUAAACAGAUGGAGCAAUUCAGGCAGCAUGGGAAAUACAUUGCGACAUCCAGUACCACCGACCUAUCAAAGCGGUCCCAUGCAAUCUAUGGGAUUAACGGCACCCGGCACAACGCCAUCCUACGAUCGUUUCGACCCGUAUAAAUCGUCGAUGCAAAGCAUGAGAAAAUAUUGAUUUUAACUCUCACCGAUUCGUGUCACUGCAACGAAUAACUAUAAAUCUAAUACCAACGCGUUUUUUUAGACGCGCAUGUAUGUGUAUAUACACACAGUCACAAAACACACGCAUCCGCGACACAUACAUGCGCGCGCUGAAUCAUCAUUUACACUUUUUAUUAAAAUCAAAUAUUUACAUACGGAAUAGCAUCGAUUACAAACAAUUAUGCAUAUACGUUGUUUACAAGAACGAGACGUGCACAUGCAUCUUAGAAAUUUCUUUCCGUCUUCUUCGUAUUUAUCAAACGUGUAAAUCUCAUUUUUGGCAUUGGUAGCAAUUCAAAUGAAUGCUUCGUUAGAGACAUUUAAUUUUCAGGUUUACACGAAUUCAACGUAACUAUCAUUUUUCUUAUUUCUUAUCUUUUCUCACUGUUGUAUCGUAGUAUAACAACACCCACCGUGACAUAUUAAUUUUUUGCGCGUAUACGUUUAGCGAGACAGACAAAACGCAUACAAGAUUAUAUUGUAGUACUUGCAGCAUCGAACUAAGAUUUUGAUGGAUUUUUGUACAUUUGUUAAUAGACAUGAUUUUUUGAUGCUUGGUAAGAUCUAAAAAGAAAUGCUCGAAGAGGGAUAAAACAUUUUAUUGACUUUAUCACGUAAUUAUAGAUCCGAUCGAUUGCUGCAACUGAUUUCGAACGAUGAUAACGCGCGAUCGUUUACACCGUUGGACAUACAUUCUUAUAGGAGGGAAGGCAUCACAUAGAAUCAGAAACACGCAGUUACACGAUAUAUCUUUAGCCGAUUCUUUGUAGAAACACGUACAUAUUCUAUAAGGAUAUGACUGAAUUUGUAUAUUGAAUUCCAUUAAGAAUUGUACAUCUAACGACGUUAAGAUUUAGGUUCGAUACGUGAACAACACGUAAUAUGUUUCAGUGUAGCAACCACUAUACAGCAUAAAUAAAUUUACGACAUAUUAAAGUUGA